UGACUUGGGUUCAUUCUCCAAUUGGGUUGGGUUGUAUGAUGUUUCUGUUACAUAUUGUUUUUUGGUUUGAUAAUUGAUAAGCUUUGUAGAGACUAAAAAUUGCUCUGCUCUCUCUGUCUCACACUCACUUCCUCUCUGCUCAAAACAAACCAUUUCUCUAUAUUCAUGGGUGUCAUUGAUAUCUACAACGCCUCCUCUCUAUGCUUGACCAAACCCAACACUGGUUUUCAAAAUUUUGUGGUGCCUCAAUCUCAAUCGCACAGACCCAGUUGCUUGAUUCAAGGAAACGGCAGGAGGGUCGUUGCUAUGGCUUCCACUGUUCCUUCUUCGAUAGAACAUGUCAAUGAGGUUCAACAGAGCUUGACUGGUGACUCCUUUAUUCGACCCCAUUUGAGGAAAUUGUCUCCUUAUCAACCCAUUUUGCCUUUUGAGGUUUUAUCAGCCCGUCUUGGAAGGAAGCCUGAAGAUAUCAUCAAAUUAGAUGCGAAUGAAAACCCUUAUGGUCCUCCACCAGAGGUUUUGGAGGCUUUGGGCUCAAUGAAGUUCCCAUAUGUCUAUCCAGACCCUGAAAGCCGUCGCUUGCGUGCUGCCCUUGCAGAGGAUUCAGGACUUGAAUCUGAUUAUAUUCUUGCGGGAUGUGGUGCAGAUGAGCUCAUUGAUUUAAUUAUGCGUUGUGUGCUCGAACCUGGUGAUAAGAUUGUGGACUGCCCUCCGACCUUUACAAUGUAUGAGUUUGAUGCUGCAGUUAAUGGGGCACUUGUUAUAAAAGUUCCCAGAAAGGCAGACUUUAGCUUGAAUGUUGAACAAAUAACAGAUGUUAUUGAACAAGAAAAACCCAAAUGCAUAUUUUUAACAUCUCCUAACAAUCCAGAUGGGAGUGUAAUUGAUGAUGAAGAUCUCUUGAGAAUCCUUAAGCUUCCCAUAUUAGUGGUGCUAGAUGAAGCAUACAUUGAGUUUUCAGGGAUAGAAUCAAAGAUGAAAUGGGUGAAGAAACAUGAGAAUCUAAUUGUUCUUCGGACAUUUAGCAAAAGAGCUGGUUUAGCUGGACUUCGUGUGGGAUAUGGAGCAUUUCCUUUGAGUAUCAUUGAGUAUCUUUGGAGAGCAAAGCAACCUUAUAAUGUUUCAGUUGCUGCUGAAAUUUCUGCUUGUGCAGCUUUGCAGAAUCCCACAUAUCUUGAGAAAGUGAAAGAUACGUUGGUACAAGAAAGGGAUAGGCUAUAUAAUCUUCUUAAGGAAUUGCCAUUUCUCAAUCCAUAUCCAAGCUAUUCUAACUUCAUUCUUUGUGAGGUUGCAUCUGGAAUGGAUGCUAAGGUGCUGAAGGAGGACCUUGCAAAAAUGGGAGUAAUGAUCCGCCACUACAACAACAAAGAAUUGAGGGGUUAUGUUCGUGUAUCUGUUGGUAAGCCUGAACACACAGAUGUCUUGAUGGAUUGCCUUAGACGCCUGUCUUGAUUCUUUGCCUGUGCAGGGGCAUCAUUUUAGGGAGCAGAAUUUGAUUUGAGAGGUCAAAAUUGAAAUUGUAUUUUUAUUCUGCUUUGAACUGUAUUAUAAAAUCGCAAUAUUUAGUUUGUGGUUGUGGAGCACGAGUGAUAUUUUGGUCAGUUUGAUACCUUUUGUUGUGGAAAAUGGGUUAUAAAUUUUUGCUCUUCUCUAGAUUGUACUCUAGUUAUGGUUAAACUUUCUUUGAUAGAGAACGAGAGAGAUGCUCAAUUCUUUAUAGAUUUGUAGGCCAUAGUGCUUGCUUAACCUUGCUGUGCAAUUGGGUGGUAUGUAAACGUUUUAUAAAACAUUGCUAGCAUGAGCUGUUAUA